AUGGAAAGCAUCAUUACCGGGAGAAUCACAGGGCUGGAGAUGUUGGAAAUAGGGCCUUGUAAAGAUGGCUACGAGAUGGGAUUCUUGAUAGGACAGAGAUUCUCCAGACAGAUAAACAGCAGGCUGUCUAAAGACCUCAUUCUGCGAAACCAGCUCCUCCCCUUUGCUCGCUCACCCCGCUCACACACCCUCCUCAAAUCUCUAUCUGAAAACAACAAGAGAAGGUAUCCCAACUACUGGGAUGAGCUCCAAGGAACUGCCCAAGGCAGCGAUGUCCCGUUUCUCGAGGUAUUAAGUAACUUGAUGGUUAGAGCAGAACGUAGUACUGCUGAAAUGGAGGUCGACGUUUUGCAGAUAAUGCUACUGAAUUUCAGGAAAGAGAUACUUCCAUUCAUUCCCAAGGCAGAACAGAGUUCAAGCAUUGAUACUAAUGAUGAUUGUUCGGACAUUCUUGUGGUUAGUGACUCCAUGGCUGUUGCAGCCCACAACGAGGAUGCAAAUGUUGCCCUGGUUGGCCAUACUUAUCUGAUUAAGAGAAACCUGCCAAAUGGAUCAUCCUUCACUGCCUACACAUAUGCAGGGGAGCUACCGAGCUGUGCGUUUGGGUUCAAUAGUCAUGGACUGGCAUUCACGCUGAACUCAGUUCCACCGUCUAAGCAUGAGAUCGAUGCUGGAGCCAUAGGAAGGAACUUUAUCUGCCGGGACUUGCUUGAAGCACAAAGCAUCGAUGAUGCCUUAACUAGGAUUCAUUCGUCGGAAGCUUCUGUAGGACACAGCUACAACCUUAUCGACACUAAAACAAGGAGGAUUUUGAACGUGGAAACGGCGUCAAGAAACCAACUGAAAACUCGUGUCUGA